GAAAACACAAGAAGCCGAGAGAAAGCUGAGCUGUGUCUCACACACCACGCAGCACCGUAUAAGGGAUACACACACACAUACACACACACACACACCAUUCUGGUCACAGAGACCAGUGAGUGAAUGUCAAUGGGUCAGUGUCACGGCCUCUGCCCAUGACGUGUCGGCAGAGGCGGGAAAACUCACAUUUGCCAAACAGCCAUAUACACACGCGCCCACACCCACACCCACACCCGCGCCCAUUGAAAGCAAACCGGACAUUCAAACACACUCCCACACAGACGGGAACGACACACACACGCCCCGAUUAAAGGAACGAGCCAGCAACAAAGAACAACACAGCCUAUCUCUCUAUGUCUGUCUGUGGGUCCGUCUGUCAAGAUCGCUUCAAAGCCUGACAUUGCACUCGAGCAGGGUGUUCUCGAAGGGCUCCAGGGUCACCCGCAUCAUCCCGUCCGCAUCGAUGGUGCCCCGCCUGCCCUUCUUGCCGUCGUCACGGCCGUUAAACACCUUGGACCCUGACCGGCUCGACGGCUGCACACAAAGACACACACAGUCACACUGAUGGUGGAGGGGCGUGCGUGUCAUCUGUAUGUGAAUACUGACCGUUUCGAAGACAUCCUUCCAGUCUGCGAUGCCGAUGAGGGUGCCGGGGAUCUGGUCGGUAGACGGGCGGGGGACGGAUGGACACAUAAGGCCUUGUGUGGAAGAGAGUGUGUGUUGUGUGUGUGUGUGUGUGGGGGGGGGGGUGUCACCUGUAUGGUGCGUCUGUAUUCGGAUCGGUUGAGGAUGCCGAUGAAGGCCUUGAGCGCCAGGAAACGGCUCAUCACACACGUGUGCGUGUCAGCCACCAAGAUCUGACAAAAGACGGGAGGGGGAGAAAGGAACCAAUGUCAUCAGAUACAGCAUCUCUCUCUCUCUCUCUGUGUCUGUGUGUCUGUCCGUCCGUCUGUCUGUCUGUCUGUGUGGUUGUUGGUUACUUUGAAGGAGCCCGUGUGAAGGGCCUUGUGGCUCCUCUUCAGGUAGCAGAGGGUCCUGUAGAGGUGGUAGUGCUCACUGUUCCACUUGGACCUGUCCCACUCUGAUAUUAACACACACACACACACCGACCUUCAUGUGCGUGUCUGUGUGCCGCUAAAUGAGAUGACUGACCCAUGCAGUAUCUGCAUCCCUCGAGGCUCCCCAGCCGCCCCGGUAUGCCUAUCUCGUCGCCAUAGUAUAUGCUGGGCGUCCCUGGCAGCAGGAACUGGGCUAUUAUCAUCCCUGCACACAUACCACACCACGCACACAAUGAGGACUCCAUGACGGCCUGUAUGUGUGUGUGUGCGUGUGUGUGUGGGGGGGAGGGGGGGGGGUGUCCGUCAGGUGACCUCUGUAGAGGUCCCACUGGUAGGCCUCCGGGUGGUUGUGGAAUCGGUGGAUGUCGUGGCUGCCCAUGAGGUUGAACUGCAGCCACUGCAGCUGGUUGGGCAGCCGCAAAAGGUUCUGCAGGAUCUGCUCGGCCACCUGAACACACAGACAGACAGACAGACAGACCGCACCAUUUAUCCAUCUGGACAGGUGCGUGUGUCAGGCCAUGUCAGGUACCUCAGUGCCUGUGGGUGCGGGUGAUGUGGGCGCGGCCUCGCCAUUGGAUGUGAGCAGGGCCGUGAAGUGGUCGGCCUCACCGGCGAACCGACGCAGUGGCCGGAGGCACCCGAAGUAAUUCUGCAGGAGACGACACACACACACGCACACAUACGCACACAUACGCACACAUAGCGACGUGCUGCGGUGCGCCGUCUGUCGGUGGUACCAUUGAUGAGUCCCACUGGUCUCCCUGGCAGUACUCAGCAUAGUCCUCCCAGUGCUCGCCUGCACACACACACACACAGGCAAUGCCGACAGGCAGGCGCGUUGCUGUGUAUGGUAUGGUGUCUUGUGCGCCACCACACCGACCGACCGAUGAUGUAUGCGUUUCUCUUCUCGCUCUUGACGGCCGUCCGCACCGCUCGCCAGAUGUCAUUGGUGUACUGGUCAGAAUCACGCCGACCUGCUCACACACACAACACAACAUACAGCAUAUCAUUCACACACACCUGCGCACGUGCCAGCUCGCAUGGCACCUGUUUCCGAUCCGACGUCAAACCGCCAGGCGUCGAUCCCGAAGCGGAUCCAGUGUUUGACGAGGCAGUGGGGGUUGUGUGGGUCGAUGAGCUUCUCGCGCAGCAGGUGGGAGCCGAAAUUUAGCUGGGGGAGGGUCUUGACGCCAUACCAGCACGCGUAGUCGCCGUUGACAUCCUGACCCAGACAGACAGACAGACAGGCAGACAGUUUAGAAGGAUUAUUGGCUGCUGGUUCUGGUCCUUACUCGGUAGUAGUAUCCGGCUUCCUCUGACAUGGGGUCGGCACAGGCCGUUUUGAACCACUGGUGCUCGAGGCCGGUGUGGUUGAUGGACACGUCAAGCAUCAGGUACAUCCCCGCUCGAUGCAAGUCGCCUAUCAACCGAGCUGAAGACCAAAGACCACACAGCAUCCACCAUCCAUCCAUCCACACACACGGAUACGGAUCUUCCCAUACACGGCUACUUACCGAGUGCGUCAUUGCCCCCGAUAUGCGGCUCGACGUUGAAGUAGUCGGUGCAGUCGUAUCGAUGAGUGGUGCGGGCAGCGAAGAUGGGAUUCAGGUACAAAGCGUUCACACCCAGCUCUUUGAAGUAGUCGAUCGACUCGCGGAUGCCGUCAAGAUCGCCGUUGUAGAAGUCCUGACACACGCAGCCGCAGACACUCGUGUGGUGUGGUCUGCAGCUGGUGCGUGUUCGUUUCGCGUGUGUGCUCACUCACCAUGCACCACCCCUCCUUGUACUCGAGCGGCUCCGAGCCCCACUCCAUUUCCAACGCGGGAUGGCCGUCGAAGUCAUACUCGUUCUGACGCACACCCAGGCCACCCUCCUUCCGCCUACACACACACAUACACACACAUACACACACCACACGACACCCACACAGGCAGAUGAACAAACGCCUAGGUCCAUCCAUUUGUCUCACUUCCUGAAUCGGUCUGGAAAAAUCUGGUAGAAGACGGCGGAGGGGACCCACUCGGGGUGCUCGAAGUCCGACAUGAUGAGGAAGUUGAAGGCCUCCGGAGGGUGGAUCUUGUGCACGCCCCGCCGCGUGUAGAAGAUGAGGCCCUCAGUGGUCUCCAGCACAAAGUGGUACGACAGUCGGGACUGACGGAAGGUGAACUCACACCUAUAUUGAGAGCAAGCAAAGAGAGAGAGGUGUGCUGAGUGGGCGAGGGAGGAGUGGGUAGUGUGCACCUACCUGUAGAUGCUGAACACGGUUGUGGUGGCGAUGGCGUCGCUGACCAGGUGCAUCCGGAUGUGGUGCGCUGUGCCAUUCAGAAUGGCACGCAGGAACACCUGUCAACGGUUCAAUGAAUGCCACACAGAAAGACAAGGGUCCGGGCGCGUGUGUGUGCAUCCAUCCAUCCAUCCAUCCAUUCAUGUGUGUGCGUCUGCUUACUGUUUUGACUUGGUCUGUCUUGAGGAACCUGAGAUCGAGGGUGAUGGUGUCAAGGAAGGAGGGGUAGGGGUUGGACACGAAGUCAGCUGCAACACACAUAGCAGGCAGACAGACAGACAGACAGAUAGACAGACACACAGACACGCAUCACUGCAAUGACUUAGCAUUUCACUCACUGUUGGUCUCAUGGAAGAUGGAGUCGACCCAUCUUAGCUUGAUCUCCCCUCCGCCCUUCCGCCACGCCACCCCGCCGCCCUCACCCUCCUCGCGCUGCUGAUGGUGGUGCGAUAACGUCUCGCCCAUCGACACAAGUGCAGAUCUUCCUCCUGUGAAUAAAUCGCUGUGACAGCAACACUGCAGGCACUGCAGCAGGGCGCUUCGUCGCUUUGCUUGAG